AUCCUAUAGUCGUAGACCUUUCUUUCUUCAGUUUUUUUAAAAACCAUCGAGUACUUGUCCUUUUCUAUGGUCCAUACUCUAUUGUUGUAGUUGUAAUGGUUGUUUAGCAUUGGCCAUAAAGUGAUUAGAGAUAGUAACCGCCAAAUCGUUAAUGUUUUUGUCACUGUCUUCUUCUUAAUGACUAAAUCCAAUCUCGUCUACUUCACUGCACCCAUUCUGAUUUAUGUCAAUGUGAGGAACAUAAGCUAGUGAGUUUGACAAUGGCGGAGUUAGGGUUUCCAGAACGAAGCUCGUGGAGAAUGGGGCUAAGGGCUCGCGAUAGCAGUCCCGAUUCCGUCGUCUUCACUCUUGAAUCAAAUCUCAGCCUCUUCUCCUCUGCGUCUGCGAGCGUUGAUCGAUGCUCGUUUGCGUCAGACUCUCACGAGCAUGAUUCUUUCGCCUCUGAAAUCUCCCUGCAUUUGGCAGGGCGUGAGGGUGAUUUUGGUAACAACGAGAGGUGGAGUGGUCCAGGUUCAAAUCGGAACGAAGCUGCAGAACGCAACAAGAAGAAACACAGUCGUUUUGGCAGAAAGAGAGAGAAGGCAAAAGAUGAAGACAGCGACGUUGAUGUUCAAGAACCCGUGGAAUUGGAUUCAGCGAGAAGCUCUUUCUCUCUAGCCCUAAAAGAAUGUCAAGAUAGGAAAUUAAGAUCUGAAGCCUUGUUGAAGAAGGUUGCUUCGUUAGAUCUGAACACUGCCUCUGGAUCUUCGCCGCGCUUUCAAGCUGUGAAAAAGAGCUCACUUUCUUCUCAAAGGUGUGGCACUGCUACUUUCCCCAGUCCCGGAACACCCAAUUAUCGCGUUGCAAUGCAAAAGGGAUGGAGCUCCGAGAGAGUCCCCUUGCAUGCUAGUGGUACCCGGAAGCACGUUUUGCCAUUCACCAACGGAAGAGCAUUGCCUUCCAAGUGGGAAGAUGCUGAGAGAUGGAUUCUCAGCCCUGUUUCAGGAGAUGGCAUAGGAAGGGCUUCGCUUCACCAACCCCAGAGGAAGCCAAAGUCCAAGAGUGGUCCUCUUGGACCCCCCGGUGUUGCCUACCACUCUAUGUAUUCCCCAGUGGCACCGGUGUUUGAAGGGAAUGGAGGGAGUUUUAUGGUAGCUUCUCCGUUUUCAGCUGAUGGAUUGACAAACCGUUCGGGUGGUCAUGGUGGAGAUUUUUCCAACAGAACAGAACCUUGCAUGGCCCGCUCAGCUAGUGUCCACGGAUGCUCAAAGAUGCAGAGUCAGUCAUCAUCAGUGCCCCCCCAAGAGGAUAAGUUUGGUGGCUUCAAGGAUGUGGGCACCAAUGUUUCUCGUGCUGUUUCAAGAAGGGACAUGGCAACCCAGAUGAGUCCACAGGGUAGCUCACGCUCCUCUCCCGAUUUGAGGCCUUCUUUCUCUGCCUCCACUCCAUCUACAUUGCCUGUCGUGGAAUUGCGGACUGUUGCUUCCUCUAAAGUGGAUAUCAGGGAUGUGCAGGUAGAUGAACACGUAACCUUGACAAGAUGGUCCAAGAAACAUAGAGCUCUAUUCUCUGGCAGGGGCUUAGAAUAUGCUGAAAGCUGGAAAAAGAAGGAAAUAAGCACUCAAUCUUCAGCUUGGGACAUUUCUGAAACGUCAAAAACUGUUUCCAAUGCCAGAUACUUUUGUGUGUCCAGGGCAAAAAGUGAGGAAGCCAAAAUCACUGCUUGGGAGAACUUGCAAAAGGCAAAAGCUGAGGCAGCAAUACGGAAACUAGAGAUGAAAUUGGAAAAGAGGCGAGCAUCCUCUAUGGACAAGAUUAUGAACAAGCUUAGAUUGGCCCAGAAAAAAGCUGAGGAAAUGAGAACUUCAGUUUCUCCCAACCAAACCAAUGGGGUUGUGAGGACUUCCCACAAGGCUUCAUCAUUUCUCAAAACCAGCCAGAUGCCUUCUUUAAGCGGUUGUUUCACUUGCCAUGCCUUCUAAGUAAUCUUUCAAGUUUGAAUGGUGCCGGGAAAAUUUGCAGGAAUAACAUCCUUGUUCAUCCUUGUGCAUUUUGAUAAAGACUUGUGUCCCUGACCAAGUUUCAGAAGAAUUUAAAUGUGCCACACCCCAUGUUGAUGAAGGAAAGGGCAGAACCACAAGCAGCAUACUGUGUUGACAGUAAAUUGGUGUUGACGCUGUUUUUCAAUCCAUGAAGUACCGGGACCUUCUUUGCGGGUCUCAGAUGAAAUCUAAGCAUCAUGUUCCGUCACCCUUGGAGAUUGGGAUUUUCAACGGGUAAAAAUAUGUGUAAGUAGGCCGAAUUUUAGAAAUAAAAUCUUUUUGUAUCUUUUCUCCCUACAUGACAGUAUGCUGUUCAAAACUUAAA